UCAUUUUCUGUGCAGCUUUUUGAAAAUGGUUGCUGAUAAUAUUUCUGUUUCGGGACAACAUCUUACACUUGAAUCCAGAGCAGCCACACUUCCAGAGAUCAAACCAUGCCUGUCAAGAAAUGCGAGGUCUCCUAGGUCCAAUAAAGAGCUCAUCGAUGAGCUAAUUGCUGGUAGACCAACUCCAAAACAGUUUCUGUUGAAAUGGCCACCAGAUCACUUAACAAAGCCGGAAAAAGAAAAGCGGGGAUUAGUCAAAUCUCCACUUCAACCCACCUUUUCUAGUUUACCUCGACAUAAAUGGGGAGCCACUGAAAUUGAAGCCCUCAUUCGUCAAAAACUCCAUACUCAAGGCUAUCAAGGUAUUAAGCAAAUCUUUCAAGUACACCAGCUCACUGAACACCCGGAAACGAUCAAAAGGGACUCCUUCUCAAAAGUUGUUUAUCAUCUGUGUGGGUAUUUCACGAAACAGCAAAUAGAUGACUUCUUAACCAGAAUUGGCUUUGCAGAUAACAAGUUAAUAAAUUUCGACGAUUUCAUUUCCAAGUUCAGCGAUCACCAGGUAAUCAAAGAUGUUUACGUCAGCCCCGCAACUCGCAAAAUGUUACAAGACCCUAGAUUCCACGCGCCAAAGGAGAGCUCUCUUUUGGAUUCCUAUCCUAAGCCCAGUUAUCUUAGAUCUACAACAGCUCCAUUCGCAGUGGAGCAAAUCAGAGCAUCCAUUUUUCAAAACCGUUUGACUGUAGAAGACAUGUUUCCAAAGUCAUGUCUCAGAGACAAUGGACUCAUUUUACCGCCUCAACUCAGGGAAGCUCUUGCCUCACAAGGCUUUGACUUGGAGCCGAAUGAAUUCUGGGGACUCUGGAGACGAAUCUGCGAGGUCUCCGGAAUUUACGACCUGGAAAACGUGGGAGCUAUUCCGAAGAAUAAGUUGUUCCAUCUUUGGGGUCUGGACAAAAAUGGGAAGCCCAAACUGCGGGACCUGAUGUUCCACAGGAGCCAGACAGAUGUGCACACCCAGAGGGGAAGGGAACACACCAGACUACCGACUGCUCACUCCAUUGCACUGGAUGAUCUGAAUGACCAGGCAGUGUUCAGGCCUAGCUGGGAGACUGACCCCAAAGGAGUCACCUCUGACCCUUCGGCGCCCAUUCCCAAGUCCAUGCUGAAGAUGAAGUCGAAGGAAUUCAUGGCUUUCUUGAGAGAGAAGUUCGAGGCUGGCUCCCAGCAGAUGGUGAAGUGCUUUGAGAAGUACGACACGAUAUCAUGUGGCCAGGUGUCCCUCGCGACAGUGAAGAAAGUGUUGAGUGAAGUUGGCAUCGAGUGUGAAGAGAAGACGCUGGACCAGAUGAAUGGACGUCUGGACAUCCCGUGUGACGAGAACGGAGUCUACUACCAUCACUUCAUCUCCAUUCUCUCAUCCAGGGCAGAGUUGGCCAAGAUAGAAGCUAUUAACAAACUGGUCCCCGAUGACAAUUCCAAAGAGCAGAAUGGCAAAGACGCUGGGAACAAGGACGAGGAUGAUGCCAAACUGGAGACUGCCAUCACAGACUUCCUGGCUGCCAGCUUCCUCGCCAUACUCGCUGGAUUGAGAGAAGCGGACAAGGAAGGGGCGUGUAGUGUUGAGAAAGGAGUAGUGAUGAGUCAGUUGGAAAAGCAUCUGAAGUUCUCCCUCUCCCCAGCUCACAAACAGCUGUUAGAGAAUGUGAUCUUCAAGCAUGAGAGACACAAGUCGGACGUAGCAGAUGGCGCAAAAGUGGCAUACAUGCACUUCAUGAAACUGUUCACCAGAUCAUUCUCGCGUCAGAAGUAUGCCAGUGCUGCCAGCAGUGUCCGAUCAGCUGGAUCCUCUCUCGGUGGUGGGGAAUCAGGGAGGAGUACUUCCCAUUCUGAGAAGGAGCCCCUCUCGCCCGCCUGGGGAGUGACGGCGAGGAACAGACACCGACGGAUGAGGACUGUCUCCCCCAAGAGGUACCAGAAGGGUCUGGACACUCUGAAAGAGCUGCAGGAAAAUCCAACUGAGCAGAAUGUGUUCAACCUGCCAAUAACCAUGUUGGAAAUGGCGAUGCAGGAAGUCAGCAAGAACAAAAUCCACUCGCUGCAUAAGGCCUUCAUGCUGCUGACAAAGAACGGCAAACGACUCAUGAACAAACUGGAGUUCACUGACAUCCUCUCCAAAAUCGGGGUUCCCCUCUCACCCGAUGAGAUAGACCGAAUUUGGGCUCUGCUGCCCCUGGAGCAGGACACAGGAGAGGUGGCCUUGGAAGCGUUGGUCGCCAGAUUCACUCCUGGACAUCCCAGUAAUGCGAGCGCUCUUCCAGAUCUCUACUCCAAAAGGCCGAUUCCAGUAUCGGAUGAAGAGUUAGUGGCGCAGGCGAAGCAGAAGAUAGCGGAGCAGAAGCGAGCCAGGAAGCUGGCCCUGUUGAAGGCCAAGCCAGCCAGAUGUGGCAAGGGGGACACUAGUGAGGAGGCGAAGGAGAGGGGGGAGAGGAAGGCCUCUCUGGGAGAGGAGAGGGAGAAAGUGAAGGAGAUCAUGAUCAGAAUCAAACCACAGAUGAGCGAACAUCUUACGGAAUUGCGCGCCAAACUGCGCCAGGAAGAUUCACUUGGCACGGGAUGUGUGAAGAGAAAUGUAAUGGAGAACUUGUUCCAUCAGCACAGACUGGACUUGCGAAAUGAGAAAGAGGCGGACUUGCUCUGCAGGGCGUUCGAUAUCAACGCAAACGGAAACUUCCACUACCUGAGGUUCCUGGAACUCUACUUGCCACCUGUGUGCAAACACCCGAUGGAGGCAAACGCACCCAUAGACAGUGCCAACAUCAUUCAAGUGCUCAGGACCAGAAUCUUGGCCAAGUGGAAGAAUCUGCGACGAGGCUUCACUCAACAUGACGUGAAUGGGGACGGAUAUCUGCAGAAGGGGGAGUUCCUGAGGGUGUUGAGAGACCACGGGAUUGUGUUGAGCGAGGAGGAUCUGUACCAUCUGAUGUCAGACAUAGACGAGAACAUGGACGGCAAGUUGAGCUACAGCGAAUUCCUCAAGUACUUCCUAGUCUGAACAACAACUCACACUGCUGCGGUUUAUUACAUAAUAUCAUCAAGACAAACUGACCAAAAAUGAACGCAAGAAUUUGUUUAAUUAUCCUCCUCCUUCCCUCUCACAAAAAGAACAAGUUCGUUAUAAGGAAAAUAAAUCACAUAAGCCUAAUAGUUGAAUAAGUAUUUCGAAGCUUAGAAGUUUUCCGAUGGAUGUUAGGUGUUGGGGAUAAUUAAAAAAUCUGAGCCCAGUAUAUAAAACAGCUGAAAUGUUUGCCAUUUGCCCUGAAACCUGUAGCAAAUAACAUAUCCAUGAUGCAGUUUUUUGCAUUAAAAUAUACCGUUUUGGUUGGUCCUUAUAGUAGCUGGUUAAUUAUUUACGUACGACAACAAAAUCACAUAUAAUAUAACACCAACUAUCUGAUGUAAUACCAUUUAAUGGGUUCCUGUUAGCUUUUACUGAAGUAUACUAGUACAUUUUUCGUCUCAAUUUUAUGACGCCAAGUUAUCGUCUCAAUUGUUUUAUGAAGGCGUAACUUGAUCUUAAAGGAGAACUAAAUAUUUGUUCUUACUCAUGACCAUUAUUUCAGUCGACUUCAUUCUUUUCUUUUUCAUAACAAAAACUAAGUAGCUUGAGAUACAUGAGAAGUAAUAGAGAAGAUUUCGAUAAGCAACCGAUUUUUGGAGCACUUUCAAAGAAGUAAAUCUACUUUAAAGUUUGAAGUUGACUAUCAAUUUUAAAAUGAAUUAUCUGCAAACUGUUUGCAGGUCAUUUAAACAAAUUAGCUAACCAGCAGGGCUCUCAGCACUAACGACCAAUGCUAACUUUUACUCGUUGUGAACUAGUUGAAAGUGGUAACAUCAUUUAAUAUAUUAUUUUGAUAAUUAGCUACUUACUUUCUAAAAUGAACGACCCAUAUCUGCUUAACUCACAAAGUUGCCUGCUAUUUUCAUUAAUAGAUUUUAUUUGAAUCUU